AUGACUAGUCCCAUAAUCCUCCAACCCCACCAAAUAAUCAAGUUAGAAGAAAGAUUUACCCAACAAGAAAUAGCCAAUAUUUUUGGAAUUAAUGUAAAAACUCCUACUAAUUUGCCUAAGCAAAAAAGAGGUCGUAAAGAAAUUUUUAACCCAGAAAAAUUGGAUAUCUUGUGUUCUUAUACCAUUACUGUCAAAAUCAUUACCCAAAAAUCUUUGGCUCAGAAAUUUUCUUGCUCCCAACCAACUAUUUGUCGAGUUUUACAAAAACUAGAAAUUACUUAUAAAAAAAUAUCUUACCAAUCGUCUGAGCAAUUACGAAAGAAAAAUAAAGAAAAAAUAAACUUCUUC